CCCGGGGCUCCCGGUCCCUUGACGGAGCCUCGUUCCCGCGAGGAGAAGCUGCAGCUGCGGAAGGAGAAGAAGCAGCAGAAGAAGAGGAAGCGCCGCGAGGCCGAGAAGGAGCACCGGCAGGAGGAGGAGGAGGAGGAGGAGCAGGCGGCGGAGAAGGGCGGCGGCGGCGCCCCGACCGGCCCUGGUAAUGCCCCGACGCCGCCAGCGGCCUCUGAAGCCUCCCGCUCUUCUCCUCCCGCAGCGGUGAAGCGUCUCCCGGAGCACGUGCAGGUGGACGACCCGGCCGCCCAGAAGAAGCUGGCCAAGAAGCUGGAGCGGCAGCAGGUGCCCCUGAGGCCGGAUUAUGGGGCCAAAGUCAGCCUCUUCUCCCACUUACACCAGUACAGCCGCAAGGAGCUGCUGACUCAGCAGAUGAGCAUCCCUGCCUCUGUUAUUCACCCUGCGGUGGUGCGGCUUGGGCUCCAGUAUUCCCAGGGCAUCAUUAAUGGCUCCAAUGCGCGCUGCAUUGCACUCCUCCGGGUCUUCAAACAGGUAAUCAGAGACUAUGCCACCCCAGCAAACGAAGAACUCUCUCGGGACUUGGUGAACAAGCUGAAGCCUUAUAUCAGCUUCCUGAACCAGUGCCGGCCCCUCUCUGCCAGCAUGGGCAACGCUAUCAAGUUCCUCAAGAAGGAGAUUUCCGCUUUGCCGGGCUCUAUGCGUGAGGAGGAGGCCAAAGGGGUCCUGCAGGAGACCAUUGAAAAGUUUGAGCGGGAGAAGAUUGUCCUGGCAGCGAAAGCCAUCUCCAAGUUUGCCUUUGAGAAGAUCAACAACGGAGAUGUCAUUCUGGUCUACGGCUGCUCCUCCUUGGUGAGCCGGACACUCUGCUACGCCAACGCCAAAGGCCGGGCCUUCCGUGUGGUGGUGGUGAACAGCCGGCCACGGCUGGAGGGUCGUGAGACGCUGCGCCGCUUGGUCAAGCAGGGAGUCCGCUGCAGCUACGUCCUCAUCAACGCCAUCUCUUACGUGCUGCCUGAGGUCUCCAAGGUGCUGCUGGGCGCCCACGCCCUCUUGGCCAACGGCUCGGUCAUGUCGCGGAUGGGCACUUCCCAGAUCGCCCUGCUUUCCAAGGCCCACAACGUGCCGGUGCUGGUCUGCUGUGAGACCUACAAGUUCUGUGAGCGGGUGCAGACAGAUUCCUUUGUCUCCAAUGAGCUCGAUGACCCGGAUGACCUGAUUGAGACACAUCACGGCGAGUGUCCGCUGGCUGGCUGGCAGGAAAGCAAGUGGCUGCGCCUCCUCAACCUGGUCUAUGAUGUGACCCCUCUGGAGCUGGUGGAUCUGGUGAUCACAGACCUGGGAAUGAUCCCCUGCACCUCAGUCCCAGUUGUGCUGCGGGUCAAGAAUGUAGAGCAGUAACAAGGAGUGGGAUGUGGGGAGUCAAUAAAUCUGUAUGUGUCCUAUG